AGUUGCCACAAUAGCACACAGUUGCUGGAUAAACAGACACGAGCAGCAACUCGUCAACAUCAGGAUAAACAAUUAUAUGUUUCGUAAAGGAAACACUAUUCUGAGGAAUAUCACUGAAUUAUUUAUCUAAAGAACAGAACGAACUCUGAUCGAAGAUGUCCAAGGAUCUUGAUAUGAUCAACAGAGAUCCCAAUAAUCUGAAUGACCACGUAAAGGUUUUAUUUGAAGAGAUUCUAGGAGAACCAGACGGCGCCCACUCCAUCGACUGCGUCUGGAGCUGUGCCUACAAAUGCUUCGAGUGCUUCAAAGGCUGCUGCUACAAAUUUCUAACAGUCCUUUGUGGCAUACCGCUAGCUAUCUGCUGGGGAUGUGAGUUUGCCUACAUCACUUUCUGGCAUGUCUGGUACGUGACCCCAUGCAUGAGAGCCUACAUGAUCAACUGUGGAUGUCUUCAGAAGUUCUACGGAACAUGUCUGCAGUGCUACUUGCAGCCACUGUGUGAAGCCUUGAGCUUCUUCUUUAGCAACAUUAAGGUCACCAACAUGUCAGGAUAAUUUUGCUGUUUAACAGAGAAACAGUUGUUUGUUUGUUUUUUUGCAGUAAUCUUGGCAUAUUUCGGGGUGAUGUAAAAAAUAUUUAAACUAUUUAUGGCAGCUCUAUUGACACUGUCUCGUAGCCAUGAACAUUCACACAAAGCGAUUAGAAAGUUUUAUAACGACAAAAAUACUGGAUCUUACUAGCAUUAUGAUAUGGUAAUUAUUUAUUUAUUAAAUGAAAUCUGUUCCUUUUUUUUUUCUUCUCAUAGUAAAAUGGGAAAAAAACUCUCUACAAAUAGUUCUAAUUUAAUCUUAGUUUGUAAAUGUCACUACCUAAAGAAUUAAAUUUUGUAUUAAUUUUUUAAAA